AUGCCUUUUGUAUGCUCCUUAGAGCACAUCCCUUCAAGAUACAAAUGUUUUGGGUGUCUACACGUUAGAACCGGAACAUUAGUAUUAGCCAUUCUUCAGGUUCUAGCACAUAUAGUAGUUAUAGCUAUCUCUGCGGCAGCCCUUGGAAGUUUAUCUUCUCGCUCAAACGCAGAGUAUGUGGUUUAUGGACUUAGUAUGAUGUCUUUUAUUCAAUGGGAGCGCUUUAUCACCGAACUGAACAAAUAUUUGGAUAUGCCCAUUAUUGGAAAAGCAACCAAAACAUUUGGGGUAGAACUUGGUGUUUCGGGAAAAAAAAAUGAAAGUGGACUCGUGGAUUCUCCAUUUUAUGUUCGAGCAGCGAAAUUUCUAAACCCAGGUGAAGAGUAUGUUUCAGUAGCCAUAACUCUGUUUUCCUUGUUAUGUUGCAUACUUAUGCUUGUUGGAGUUGUGCAUGUUAAACCGGGCUACGUUCUACCUUACUGUUGCCAGCAGUUUUUGGAUCUGUUUAUUACAUGUCUGUCAGUCAUUGGUUACUGCGCUUACAUUCCGAAUGAAAGUAAACAGGUACCUACUCGAAUACUGCUGAACAUCCUUAUAAUAUGUGUCGGCGUCUUGCUCCUCAGCCUUAAAAGUUAUUUGUUAUAUAUGGUGUGGUUAUGUUACAAGUUUCUCAUGAUCUUCUCCGCUAGUACUAGAAGCACUACGGGGUUCCCUAAUGACCUCAGUUUCUGCUCAUUCCUUGCUCGCUGCUGUAGAAAAGGUGAGAGGUGUACGACAGAGCAUAUCUCUGAACAUUCUGAAAACCCACAGGCAUUUACUGGAGAGUACGACCAAUUCCAACACUUUAACUACCUACCACCACUCGAUGCAACUGAUAACCGAUUAACCUUUGCUGAUUCAGGUCCGUGGUUACCCCCAAAUACGAAGAUGUUGUGA